CGCCAUCAAGCCAACGUUGAUUGCUCAGAAGGACUGCGAUAGGAAGGCCAGGUAGAGUAGAAGUGAGGUGUGCAAGAAGACGACAGUGUUUGUGGACCUACCGUAGUCGUACUUCACAUUUCCCGCCUGAUCUUCGUCUGACGACCUUCCCGCGGUCUUUCUCGCCAGCCAUGGUCGUGAGCACGUGGGCGUGUCUGGGGCUCCUGACCGUCGGCCUGUGUAUGGGCGCCGCCCUCCCCGCCCGCAUUCUGCUUCCCUUCAACCUCGAGUACGACGCGGAGCCCGCAUGGACCCUAGACACCUACGGGGAUCCUGCGGGACUCACAGACGCCGUGGGCAAGACCUUAGGCCUGCACCUGCCGCCCCGCCCCGACGCCGCCAAGCUCCUGGACACUGCACAGGAUCUGCACUCGAGUCAUAGUCUGCAACAGCCUGCUCAGGCGUUCGGCGGCGCUCACGGCGACGCGGAGGAGAUGCUCGGCGAGGUCGGAUUCCUGCCCGACAUGCACAAGCUGAGGCCGUCGAAGAGAUAUCUGGGCAUCGAGCUACCAGACUACAUCGCUUCGAAGAAGGAACUCGGAAAGCUCAAGGAAAAGAUGCUGAAUUCCGGAAAGUAAAGUGAAAUAAAUAAAUCCUCUCCAUUACCGCAAGCCAUCACGUUAUCGUCAGGGUCCAGCGUCUGUUUACGUUUUGUUCCAUGGACUUUCGGACACUCCAAUCCUCCCGAGAAUCGAGCCAGGAAGUGCGCUGAAAAAGAAAAUCACAUAAAUUAUGUCGGACAUUUUUUUUUCUCUCCCUUAUCUCUUCGUAGUAAACGACGCCGUAACGCAAAGACUAGUUAGCUUGUAACCCUUUUCAGUGAUGCCUUUAGCACGGAGGUGUUACGAUCCACGGAAUUAAGAAAAGGAAAGAAGGGGAAAAAAAGGAAACACUCGUAUCAAAGAAAGCGGAAGAAGAAGAAGAAGGAGGGGAAAAAAAGAAAACGCAGGAGAAGCGUGAUCUCGUAUUUCGCAAGAGCAGUGUCAUUUGCCCCGACCCCGUAAGGAAAUAAGAGAAAGGGAGGCAAAAAAGUCACAUGUUGAUUUGAUCUGAUACUCGUGCGCUGUCCAUUCGUGCGAGAUCCUUUUAUGUGUAAUGUUUAGGACUUUAUUUUUGUCUUCUGAGGCUGGUUAAGCUCUUCGCAUAUUCUGUAUCAAAUCUUUUUUGUAUGGACACGACACAGCAGAAGUGACGUUUGUUAAACACAGACAUGUCAGUGUUAAUAAAGCUAAAGCAUAAA